AUGGAUCCAGUCCUAGUCCUGGUGCUCACUCUCUCCUCUCUGCUUCUCCUCUCACUCUGGAGACAGAGCUUUGGGAGAGGGAAGCUCCCUCCUGGCCCAACUCCUCUCCCAAUCAUUGGAAACAUCCUUCAGAUAGAUGUGAAGGACAUCAGCAAAUCCUUCACCAAUUUCUCAAAAAUCUAUGGCCCUGUGUUCACUCUGUACUUUGGUCCGAAGCCUACUGUGGUGGUACAUGGAUAUGAAGCAGUAAAGGAAGCCCUGGAUGACCUUGGAGAGGAGUUUUCUGGGAGGGGUAGUUUCCCAAUUGUUGAAAGAAUGAAUAAUGGCCUUGGGAUCAUUUUCAGCAAUGGAACAAAAUGGAAGGAGCUUCGGCGUUUCUCACUUAUGACCUUGAGAAAUUUUGGGAUGGGGAAGAGGAGCAUCGAGGAUCGCAUUCAAGAGGAAGCCUCCUGUCUUGUGGAAGAGCUAAGAAAAACAAAUGGUGGGUACCUGUUUGCCUGGCUCUUCAUCUACAUACCCCUUUCAACACUGCAAUGGUAGCCAGCUACUUCUGGG